CCCAGCCUCGUUAGCCCCAAGCUCCUUAGCAUCCUCAAACAGAAACCUGGGAAGCUGGGAUGGGGUCAGCGCCCUGAAGCCAGCCCUCUCUCUUUUGCCAAGACCUGCCUCUGCACAGCCCUAAGUGGGCAGCCGAGGACUGCAGCAGGAGUCUCGAGCCCAUGAUGGAGCCGCGGCUGGGGCCUGAGGCUGCAGCCCUCCACCCGGGCUGGCCAGCCCUGCUGCUGUGGGUCUCAGGCCUGAGCUACUCUGUCUCCUCGCCGGCUUCUCCCUCUCCUUCUCUGGUGCCCCGAGUCAGAACCAGCUACAAUUUUGGAAGGACUUUCCUCGGUCUUGAUAAAUGUAAUGCCUGCAUCGGGACAUCUAUUUGCAAGAAGUUCUUUAAAGAAGAAAUAAGGUCUGACAACUGGCUGGCCUCACACGUUGGACUGUCUCCCGACGACUUGCCUUCUUACCCUGUAAAUUAUUCGGAUGAUUUCAAAACCUGGCGCCCCGUGGAGAUCUCAAGGCUGCUCAGCAAACACCAAAACGAGAUCUCAGACAAGAGAAUCUGUGCCUCCGCAGCUGCCCCAAAGACCUGCAGCAUUGAGCGCGUCCUGCGGAAAACAGGGAGGUUCCAGAAAUGGCUGCAGGCCAAGCGCCUCACACCGGACCUGGUGCAGGGCCUGCCCAGCCCCCUCUUGCGCUGCCCGUCACAGCGACUCCUGGAUCGGGUGGUCCGGCGCUAUGCGGAGGUGGCCGACGCUGGCAGCAUCUUCAUGGACCACUUCACGGACCGCGACAAGCUGCGUCUCCUCUACACGCUAGCUGUCAACGCCCAUCCCAUCCUCCUACAGAUCUUCCCGGGCGCCGAGGGAUGGCCACUGCCCAAGUACCUGGGCUCCUGCGGCAGAUUUCUGGUCAGCACCAGCACCAGCCCACUGCAGGAAUUCUAUGGUGCACCCGCAGACCAGGCAGCCGACCUGGCCUACCAGCUCCUGGGUGUCCUGGAGUCUCUGAGGAGCAACGAUUUGAACUACUUCUUCUAUUUCACCCACGUGGAUGUGGACAUGUUUGGCAUCUUCAGCAACGGGCAUCUGCUCAUCCGGGAUGCCAGCGCACUGGGCGUCAUCGACAGGCAGGAAGGCAGCCAAGCGGCCUCCAGGGCAGGAGAGAAUAAAGACAUCUUCAGCUGCCUGGUCUCUGGCUGCCAGACCGAGCUGCCCUCCUGCGACACCAUCCCUGAGAAGCAGAGCCUGGUGCUGGUGUGUGGCCAGGUGCUGCCCCCACUUCUCCAGGCCAAGUUCCCGUCCGCGGUGCAGGAGGAGAUAGACGCCGAGCUCGCUCGCUGUGGGGAGGGAACCCGGCCAGACCCCGAGGUCCUCCAAGCCGCCAGCCGGCUGAAGGACAUCUUGAGGCCCCUGAGAACCUGUGACCCCAGAUUUGCCUACCGCUACCCAGACUGCAAGUAUAAUGAUAAGUUCUGAGGGGCUGGAGCCUUGCAGGCCUCCGGGGACCACAUCCUUGGAACUUCCGCUGCCCGCUCGCUUGCUGCACGGUUGAAAGAAGCUGCUCCCUUUUAGACACUGGGAGAAAGGUACCUUUGUUUCCCAGGGAGAAAGGAACAUGCCAACCAUCAGAGGGCAGUCAUGCCAUCGGGUGGCAUGAUUGCGCCCGCUGGCUGGGUCAUCGUGGAAGAGCCCAAGGGUGGGCAUCGGAAGAACCAGGUGUGGACACUCAUUCAGCCUCUUUGAGCCUCGUUUUCCUCUCUUCUCCACCAGACUCUUGAGUUAGUGCAAAAACACAGGGAUGUGAAGGGCCAGGGACACGUGCUCCCUCCCCCCAGCCCAGGUGGUUACAAAGAAUGUUCCAGAAGCAUGCACGGCCAGGGCAAAUGUGACGGAGCCGUGGAGGUCACAAGGCUGGCACGGAGGGAAGACUGUACCCCUGCCCUAGCCCUCCUGCCAUGCUCCCCGCACUGCCACAGGGUGAGGAGACUGCAGGACAAGGGGACACACGGACAGAGGCCCUUCUGUCCCAGAAGUGUCCACAGAGGCACUUCCUGGUGUGGGAAGGAGCCAGGGGUAAGAAGAGAAGAGGGCUAGGCUGGGGGCCAAUGUGUUUGUCCAGGUCCUCUGAGAACCAGGUGUCAAGACAUGAUGAAAUGGGCAAGGAUUGUAUCAAUAUGAAGGAAGAUGCCUGGGGGGCAGGAAAGGCUGGGAGAGCCAUCAGGCCGGGCUGUAAGGUUGACCCCUCCCUCCCCCAAGUGAGGGCAAGAAGGUCAGGUUGGGGCAUCCCAGGCUGCCAUCCGGGCAACCGAAAGAAGGUUCAGCGAGACCGUCAGGGUGUCCUCGAGGCAAAGCCAGACAUCAGAGGAGCUUCGCAAGAAUGGAGAGCCCUUAUAUUCCAGUGGCAGGGAACAGCCCGUGGGAAGCAUGGCCUCAGCCCAACCGCAAAGAUGGAUUUCAAAGCACAGCGCAGGGCACUUAGCCAGCUCUGCUCCCUGGAGCAGAAGGUCUGUGAGUUAGAAGAUUCUCAUUGUAGCCACAGCCGGGGACCAGGGCCAGCUCUCUCCGCACCGUGGCCUCCAGGGCAGGGCUCUAAGGAGUCUGAGAAUUUUCAUUCAAACUUGGCCUCACAGGUCAUUCUAAAAAUAUUUUUUCAAGGUCAGCCAACGGAAAGUAUUUUAUUCAGCAGUUUGCUUUAUAUCUUUAAAAUGUUUAGCCACGUGGUAUGUGGGUCUCCGUGUAUACUCCUGCCCGGGCCCCUCAAACAUUAGUGGGGCUUCCUUGGACCUUUGCCCAGCCUCCCUGCCAGCCCUCCACCCCUCAGGGACCUCUCAGUCGGCUUCCUCUUUUCUACCUCUGAAUCACCACCUUUAAGGUCAGAAUGCCUGGCUUAAUAAGGCUUCACGCUGCAGACGGGGAAACUGAGGCCCAGGGAGGAAGAGUGACUUGCUGGGAUAGUUCCAGAACUCCUGCUACCAGUCAAGGCUCCUCUUGCCUUCCCCUUCAGCCUCUGUCCUGCCCAAUUCUGGUCCCUUCACUCACAUUUAAAGAGUAGCCAAGAAAAGUCCUGUUUGGUGGUACACUGCAGUGCGGUUG